UGCUGGCCACUUGUUAACCUACACAUCACGCCAUGACGGCCGAUGAAGGCGAGAUUGGAGGCCUCAAGCCAGGCAAGGCCGUGGUGAAGGGCUCAGCCAUGGGCGCUUCUCCGUCCACGGCUUGCCAGCAGCGGCCGGGCCACCAACCGCACCAGCAGAUACUGCUGCCGGGAGAUGGCGCUGACGCCGACGCGGGCCUCGGCAUCGAAGCCGGCGCCGACGCUCUCCCUCCUGCAUCAGGCAAGAGAAAGAGCAAGAAGCUCACCCUUAUCCCGUUGGCCUUCCUAAUAUACUUCGAGGUAUCGGGCGGUCCCUUCGGCGAGGAGCCCGCCGUUCAAGCGGCCGGACCCCUCUUGGCCAUUCUGGGCUUCAUCAUCUUUCCCGUGAUAUGGAGCAUUCCCGAGGCGCUCAUCACGGCGGAGCUCUCCACCGCCUACCCCGGCAACGGCGGCUACGUGAUCUGGGCCACGGAGGCGUUCGGCCCCUUCUGGGGCUUCCUCAUGGGCUGGUGGAAAUGGCUGAGCGGCGCCAUCAACAACGCCGCCUACCCCGUUCUAUGCGUCGACUACCUUAAGCUCGUCUUCCCGACCUUCUCCUCCGGCCUCUCUCGCUACCUCGCCAUCUCCCUCUUCAACGUCUGUUUCGCCUUCCUCAACUACACCGGCCUCACCAUCGUCGGCUGGACUGCCGUGAUCCUUGCCGCCCUCUCCCUUGCCCCCUUUAUCCUCUUGCUCUUCUUCGCCAUCCCCAAGAUCAGGCCUUCCCGGUGGCUGAGCAACGGGCAGAGCAAGAGCAGAGACUGGAGCCUCUACCUCAACACCAUCUUCUGGAACCUCAAUUACUGGGACAACGCCAGCACCGUCGCCGGCGAGGUCGAACAUCCACAGAAGACGUACCCGAAGGCCCUGCUCCUCGCGGGGCUCCUGACGUGCUCCAGCUACCUGAUACCCCUCCUCGCUGGCAUCGGCGCUCUGGAGCUCGAACAGGACAAGUGGUCGGACGGCUACCUGGCGGACGUGGCCGGCAUGAUCGCCGGUAAGUGGCUUAAGUUCUGGGUGGAGGCUGGGGCGGUGAUGUCAGCGGUGGGGCUCUUCGAGGCCCAAUUGAGCAGCUGCAGCUUCCAACUUCUGGGCAUGGCGGAGCUUGGCCACCUUCCCGCCUUCCUGGCCAAGAGAUCGGAGUGGUUCGACACGCCGUCGUGGGGAGUCCUCAUCUCCACGAUCGUCACCAUCGCCCUUUCUUACACCAACUUCACCAACAUCGUCUCCUCUGCCAACUUCCUCUACAGCUGCGGGAUGCUGCUAGAGUUCUCCACGUUCGUGUGGCUGAGGAGGAAGUACCCGCGCCUCCGGCGCCCCUUCAAGGUGCCGCUGGGAAUCCCCGGCUUGGUGUGCAUGUGCAUUAUCCCCUCGGCCUUCGUCGUCGCCGUCAUGGUAUUGGCCGGAAAAAUCGUGUUCAUCAUCAGCGGCGGUUUCUCCCUCUUGGGGAUCGCCGGUUACUUCGCCAUCAAGCUCUGCAAGGCCAAGAAGUGGGUCUCCUUCAUUAAGGUCCCGGAAGAGUGUGAGGACGACGGAACAGCGACACUGGAAGGAAGAGAAGAAGAAGAAGAAAAGAACACCUAUUACAGAGAUGCGCCAAAUCGCCAGUUUUUGUCUUAAUUUGUCAGUGUCCAUCGUUUUUCUCUGCCUCUGUCCUUUACCCUAUUUGGGUGUGUCUCUGAUUCUAUUCAUGGUGAGACAUCAGCAGCCGAUCUCCCAGCUGCGCCCGUGAGGCUUUCCGUCAAGGAUGUGCAUCUUUUCAUGGUCGCACCAAUAAACUUGGUUGACCGAGGUGUUAAGUUUGGAUUUCAAAAGCUUGGCAGUAGAGUUAGGAAAAAGGGAAGAGCUGCUUCCAACUCAGUCUAGUGUUCCGUCUGUAAAAACCUCAUUUGGUUUCAGGAAAGUGUAGGCUCAGCAGCUGUGGUAGAGAGCCAGCAAUAAUUGGGCGGCGUUCAGCUCCUACAUAAGUAUAUUUUACACGUCUUUUUAAUACCA